AUGUCUUACGAUCUAAAAAGUCUAUCUUUCGAGUCACUUGAGCCAGCACUUAUUUUUUACCAUAGGAUUGAGUUAAAACUGUGGACUGGUGAUGAAGAAAAGGAAGCUAACAAAUUUUAUGAUGCAAUCGA